AUGGCUAGGAAGUGGAAGCAUACUUGUAUAAAAACGGAAACCUACAGAAUUGGCUCGCAGUACACGUUUCCCUUGGGACAGUCUAUUGAUAACUGGAAUUCUCCAACCCACCUGAGAUACCUUCAUUCAUUUAAUGUGCAAAGGGAACACACCGGUGCUUCAAAAGCUAAUGGAGACCGUACUGGUAUCCGCCAUCUGCGCGCCUUCCGCGCUGCGCUCUCCCUCCCAAGCCGAACGAAACACGGCCUAAAACAGAUCAUACGAAAGAAAGAAAAGCCCUGGAUUGAAGCGUCCGUCUGCGCAGAUAGUACCCGAAAACAACUGCACCCAGGACUAACCGAGAGACGUCAACCGAUGCAUGGGUAUAUACACCCUAAAACGUCCGCAAUCGGAAAGGAAGACGCGAUUCUACAAGAUGAGGGACGGAAAAGCGUCACAAGUUCCCCGAUUCGCUUGUAUCUGCUACGACCAGAAUUAAGAGUACAAGCAAGAAACGCCAACUAG